AUGGGCUUCAAAAGUCUGUCUAGGGCUCUAGCAGUCGCGUCUCUCUUGGUCUUUCAUUUAGUAGAUGCUGCUACUCUCACAGUGUCCACAACUGGUGGCAAUGCAUCCAGCCCUAUUCUUUACGGUCUCAUGUUUGAGGACAUCAAUAACUCCGGUGAUGGCGGUAUACAUGGCCAGUUGUUGCGAAACAAUGGAUUCCAAGGGACAAAUCCAGGGUUAACAGCUUAUGCUGCUGUUGGUGGCACAAAUCUCACAGUUGACACUGCCAAUCCUCUCACUUCAGCGCUCCCGAGAUCUUUGAAAGUUUCCGUUCCAUCUGGAACAACUGGACAAGUUGGCUUUUCGAAUGCUGGAUACCUUGGUCUUCCUGUGAAUGACGAUACAUAUGCCAACUACUUCUGGAUCAAGGGUUCAUACUCCGGAUCAGUUACAUUGUCCCUCGUCGGUGUAGCAAGCGGAACAGUGUAUGCCACCAAGACUAUUACAGUCAAUAGUGUGGCUUCUUCUUUCACUUACUAUGAGACUACAUACCACUCCACACAGGCUCCAGAUGGUAAUAAUGUUUGGAAAUUAACAUUUGAUGGAGCCAAAGUUGCCGGCAGUGCGCUGAAUUUUGGUCUACCUCAACUUUUUCCAGUCACAUUUCACCAGCGUUACAACGGUAUCAGAAAUGAUGUGGGAAACUUUCUUCAAGCACUCGAGCCCUCUUUCUUCCGCUUUCCAGGUGGAAAUAAUAUAGAAGGUUCAUCGCCUGGUAACAGAUGGAAAUGGAAUGAAACUAUUGGUCCAGUUGAAAAACGACCAGGAAGGCAAGGUGAUUGGGGUUAUCCAAACACAGAUGCUUUAGGGUUGAUGGAAUAUCUUCAAUUCAUCUCGGAUGCAGGUAUGAUACCAGUAUUAGCCGUCUGGUCAGGUCUUUCCCUUGAUGGAGGUGGAGUUGUAUCCGGUGCAGCUCUUACACCCUAUGUUGAUGAUAUCCUGGAUGAGCUUGAAUUCCUUCUUGGAUCUACGUCAACGACAUGGGGCGCACUUCGUGAGUCUUACGGCCACGCUGCGCCAUAUGAUAUUCCCUUCAUUGAGGUUGGCAACGAGGAUAAUCUAAGCGCAGGUUGCGGUACAUACGCCUCUCGAUUUACAGAUAUAUACAAUGCAAUUCAUGCGGCCUACCCUGACAUCACAGUCAUAGCCUCAACAUCACAAGCAUCCUGUCUUCCAAAUCCAAUUCCAGCCGGUGUUUGGACUGAUACUCAUCACUACCUCUCGCCAAAUGGAUUUGUUUCCCUUUUCAACGAGUUCGACAAUAAGCCUCGCAAUGGCCCAGGGAUUUUUGUUGGUGAAUACGCCAGCACAACUGACAAUAGUGGUGCUACUACUUAUUGGUCAACAAUCCAAGGCGCAGUUUCCGAAGCAGUCUAUAUGAUUGGUAUGGAACGCAACUCCGAUAUCGUCAAGAUGGCUUCAUACGCUCCUCUAUUUGAACAUUUUGACAUGGCCCAAUGGUCACCCGAUCUCGCUGGACUUAAUGCCGAUCCUGGAUCUCUUACUGGAAGCGCAAGUUAUUACGUUCAACAAAUGUUCUCUGUUCAUCGUGGCGAGACAAUUCUUCCCGUUACUUCUGAUGUUGGGUUUGGUCCCUUGUAUUGGGUUGCGAGUAGUACGGCCGCUGGAACAUACUACGUUAAGAUCGCCAAUUAUGGUACUGCGACUCAAAAUGUUACUGUGGAUAUCCCUGGCGCAACAGGUGCUAGUUCGAGUGCUAAGCUGGUUUCCUUCACGGGUCCCCCAACUGCAAGUAAUUACCCGUUGAAAGUGACUUUGCAGCCUGUCACAAGCACCGUUACUGGAAGUGCGGCUGGAGGGUGGACUUUUAAUGUUGCUGCUUAUGGUGUUGCGAUUAUUACUAUCACUACUUAG